GUUCAGUGCAGUUAAUCUCGGCCCCCUAAAUCUGGCUUGUUGGUUCGGCUUGCUGUUUUUAGGCCCCGCCUGGCCUCCGUGCACUCGCUCUCCCUCCCCGACAGCGCCCAGAAGUGGGCCCGUCCAGGCCGAUGGCGCAUGCGCCCCAGAGGCCAGGAGCCGCGGGGGCCGAACCAGCCCUGCGUGAGGGGUCAGCUGUGGAGGGCGUGGGAGCCUUCGCCGCCGGGAGCUGGCCCACCUCCGGCGUCCUGGCUGCCGGCCUUUGAGUGGGGAGUCUUCGCUGGUGACUGUCGCUUCAGCCCUCCUGCUGUGGCCGCGAGUCGGGAGUGCGGUUUCUGUGGUCUGGGUCCUUUGGUUGCUCUGCUGUGCUCCGUCACCUCCUAAAGAUGCAUCCUGACUUAUCUCCACACUUGCACACUGAAGAAUGCAACGUCUUGAUUAACUUGCUUAAGGAAUGUCACAAAAAUCACAGCAUUCUGAAAUAUUUUGGUCAUUGCAAUGAUCUCGAUCGGGAGAUGAGAAAAUGCUUGAAGAAGGAGUACAUGGAAAAGAGGACCAAGAGCAGGGAGCAUGGCAAUGCGAUGCGAAAAAGACUUUUUAAUCCUGCAGAGGAAUCUGAAAAAUAAAUUAGAGGCAUACCUCGUUUUAUUGUGCUUCGUUUUAUUGAGCUUCGCAGAUAAUGCAUUUUUUUCAAAUUGAAGGUUUGUGGCAACCCUGCGUCGAGCAAGACUAUUGGUGCCCUUUUUCCAACAUCAUUUCUCACCUCGUGUCUCUGUAUCACGUUUUGGUAAUUCUCACAAUAUUUCACACUUUAUAAUUACUAUCCUAUUUCUUAUGGUGAUCUGUGAUGUUACUAUUGUAAUGAUUUUGGGGUGCCGCAAAGCAUGCCUGUAUAAGACAGUGAACUUAAUCAACGUUGUGUGUAUUCUGACUGCUCACCAACCAGCCAUUCCCUCGUCUCUCCCUGUCCUUGGGCCUUCCUAUCCCUUGAGACUCAACAUAUUGAAAUUAGGCCAGUUAAUAAUCCUACAGUGGCCUCUCAGUGUUCAAGUGAAAGGAAGAGUCCCCCAUCUCUCACUCUAAGUCAAAAGCUAGAAGUGAUUAAGCUCAGUGAGAAAGGCAUGUUGAAAGCCAAGAUAGGCUGGAGCCAGGCCUCUUGCACCAGUUAGCCAAGUUGUGAAUGCAAAGGGAAAGUUCUUGAAGGAAAUUAAAAGUGCUGAAUGUGUGUGCCAGGGAACACAUGAAUGUUAAGAAAACGAAACAGCCUUGUUUCAAUGGUCUGGACAGAAGAUCAAACGUCCCCUUAAGCCAAAGCUUAAUCUAGAGCAAAGUCCUAGCUCUUCAAUUCUGUGAGGGCUAAGAGGUGAGGAAGCUGCAGAUGAAAAGUUGGAAGCUUGAAGACGUUGGCUUGUGAGGUUUAAAGGAAAGAAGCCAUCUCUAUAACCUAAAAGUGCUUGGUGAAGCAGCAAGGGCUGAUGUAGAAGCUGCAACAUCGAGACAAGACCCUCCACCUGCAAAAAGAUUAUGACUUGCUGAAAGCUCAGAUGAUACGGUUAGCACUUUUCAGCAAUAAAGUAUUUUUGAAUUAAGGCAUGUAUGUUGUUCUUUAACAUAAUGCUAUUGUACACUUAAUAGACUACAAUAUUGUGUAAACAUAACUUUUAUACAUGUUGGGAAACCAAAAAAUUGAUUUGACUUGCUUUGUUGUGUUGCUUUAUCUUGGUGGUCUGGAACGAAACCUGUGGUAUCUCUGAGGUUUGCCUGUAUACUUUCCCUGGAUGCCUUGGCUGAGAGAAGACCUAAAGACUCUUGGUUGAUAACCAAAAGAAUCUUACCUCAUUUUGUCUCCAGAAUCUUUUGAAUGGAAAGUGACGCAUGGAGAAAUACGGAAACCCUGAUGCUGAAUAUUUUUUGGGCGGAACCUUAGGUACUCUCUCUUGUCUGCCAAUAUAUCUGACUUCCAGCACGUUUCUUCCCUUGGCCAACAAUCAGUUAGCAUUGGCGUAACUUAUCUCCUUCAAUAAAAUAAUUGACUUGAAUGAUAUUUUCUCUGUUCUCUUAGACUUUCCUGGAAUUAGGGCAAAAUGGUCCCAUUUGACUUUCCUUUUUGACGAUGUGGUGAUUCUGGAGCUUAAACAUUGAAGACACAAGCUAGGGCAAAAAGAGUUUGGGAAGUCCCAGCUGUGUUAACAAUAUGAAAACGACCCAACUUUAUCGUUCCCAGACUCAUUUCCAGCAGGCACCCCCGCACCCCCAGUGCCCUUUCUGCCAGGUGUUUCUGAAACUGGCAGCAAUCGAUGUCACCAGCUUCCUGCCACAGCCACAGCAAGGGCUUGUCUUCUUGUCAGAUGAGGUGUCAACAGACUGUGAUCUGUGAGCUCCUUCUAGUGAAUUCUGUGUGUAUGUCCAGAAUGAGGCCUUGCUGACGUCGGUGUUUAGUAAGCGACUUCCCCAUCAUCAGAGGUGUUCAAGAGGCUGGACAUUCACUUAGCAGGGUGGUUACACAGGAUAACAGGCAUUUGAUGAAGGGACAGAGGAAGAAGUAGAAUUAGUUCUGAGGGCCCUUUCGAGACUGAGAUUUAUGAAUAUUUAUGCAGCUCCUUCCUCCAUGUCAGUAGUACAAGUACAGAAAUGAGACGUUUUGCCUUUAGAAGCUUGUAGUAAACUGACGAGUUGACUAUGACAAUAUGUUGUGGCGCCACGAUGAGGUAGCUGUCGUAGAGAACACAGAAAAGGCACCUAUGCCUGGCCUUCAGGAAGAAGGAGCCAUUCCAAGAAAGCUACUUAGCAAGGUGACCUUUGACAAACAGUGAGAACGGAAUACAUUCUGGGGAGCUUCAAGUUGUCUGGCAUGACUGGAAUGUGAGGGCUCAUGGUGGAGGAAGAUAAGAAAUGGCUUUGAAUUCAUUUGGAGUUUUUCUCCAGUGUUGUGUGACCAGUUGCAGAUUUCAAUAUGGGGAUUGGUGAUUUGUGGAGGGGCCUUAGUUGGAAGGGUGAUAUGUUUUGAUUUGUAUUUUAGUAAGAUUUUUCUGAUUAUAGUUUGGGGGAUAGAUUGGAGAAGGGAAAUUACACCCAGGGAGUCCCAUUCGAUUUUUGCCCUAACUUCGGUGGUAAAUGAAGACCUGAAAUAGAGAAGUGGCUUGAGGAUCCAGACGAGUGGCUAGAUUUGAGGGGAGUUUGAACACAGAAUCAGCAUGGCUGACUAGGAGGUCUCGGGCACUUGUGUCUGCAUGCUGCUGGGGCCCUGCCCUGAGUGGGAGGGGGUGUAGCAGAGGUGCGUGGUAAAGUGCUGGGUUUGAAGUGUGCGCAGAAGACCCUGGGUGGAGGGGGCUUUCCAGCUUCUGAGGAUGCACAUCUAGAACGUAGUAGUCGUCUGGACGAGAACAGAAUUGGGAGACAGCAGCUUGCAUGUGGCCACCAGCACCCUGUGGGCCGGUGUUGGUUGUGGGCCACCAGAGGUGGUUUUUUUGUUUUGUUUUGUUUUGUUUUUAAAGAUUUUUUAUUUAUUUGUCAGAGAGAGUGCAAGAGAGCACAAGCAGGGGGAGUGGCAGGCAGAGGGAGAAGCAGGCUCCCCGCUGAGCAAGGAGCCCGAUGUGGGACUCCGUCCCAGGACCCUGAGAUCAUGACCUGAGCCAAAGGCAGAGACUUAACCAGCUGAGCCACCCAGGCGUCCCCUACCAGAGGAGUUUUAUAGAGCAGGAUGAAACUUUGGGGUCACUUGAUUUUUUUAAAAUUCCACAUUUUGGUAGAACAUUGGACAGUCUGUAAGUUUUGUCGACUUCUCACCCUAAGACCCCUGAACUCCCCAGAGGUAUCGAUAACUGACAGUUGGGUGGGUCAUCUAUACAUGUCCAUCACUAUUUCAGGACAAGAAAAGGAGCCCCAUAUAUGGAGAAGGAGCAGGCAUAGAGGGAGAGGGCAAACCAUAGAGAAUGGUGCCACCGAGUUCCCAAAGGGUUCCAGAGGAGGGAGUGUUACUGGAGCAAAUAGGGUCGGAGGCGCCCUUUGAGACUUUGGUUACUCUUUCAUCCCUGACCUGAGAGCCGCUUCCCGUGGCGAGGAGGGGGCAGGAGCUUAUGGGGAGCUGGAGGACGCAAGCAUAUUUGGAAAGGCUUGGCUCUGAAGGGAAGGACAUUGUAAGGUUGAGAGAGGGCCUUACAAAAUCAAAAGGAAAUGGUGAGUGACACUUGGGAACUGGUAUAUUUGAAAAGAAUGCUGGAUAGGAGGGAGGGAUUGAUGUGUGGAGUGAAGUCUUUGAGGAUGCAGAAGCGAGUGAGAUUCAGGGCCCUUGCUGACAGGGAUGCCGUUUUUUUCCCCAGAAAACUAACGAGAAACUGAAAACUUAAAGCACCAUAGGAAAUGUAAAGUAUUCUUUUCGGAGAGCAGUAAAUACCUGUCUGCACUGGAUGCACUGCUCUCACCCAGGCUCUGUGUCUGCUCUUUGAGGACCCAAGUCUUAGACACACUAACAUGGUUACCAAUAGCUAGUCGUAUGCUGGUAAAUGUUUAAUAACUGGCCCUGACAAAUGAGCAUAAAAGACACGAAUUUGUAGCAUUUGCCAUUGUCUGUGGUGGACGCCAUCCUGCCAAGGCAGAUUUCAAACUACCAAGCUGACAGUCACCCAAGUGGAGCUGGGCAGACGUGCUCACGGGAGGCUCUCCUGAGCUGGUCCUGGCGGCCUCUAGUCGCCCAUGGCACGACACUACCGUGCAGAAGGAAUGCAGGAAGUCGUCCCUGAUUGCCCACUAAUGGCCACCUCUCCCACAGCGAGCAUUCUGUCGUUUGGAAGUACCUGUCACCGAAGAUGUAUACUAACGCAAGACCGCCGGGCCUUCGGCGACAGAGCACCUGUAGUCCACAACUGUUGGAGUUCACAGAGUCUGCAGGGGCAUGUCAUUCUGUGGAAGAGUGAGGAACCGUAUGCCAGGUGGAUUAGGGAGAAAAUGGGACCUGCCUGUGCCUUGAUGGUUGGAUUUGUGCCCCAGCGCUCGGCUGUCUGCAUCUCUUUCUUUUGGGAUACCGUGCAUGACCUUCUGGUUUAGGACAUGUCACCAGCUGCUUUUCUCAGCCCUCUUUGGGUCAGCGUGAGAUCUCACAAUUUUCUCCUUUGCAGAGCAAGCACAUUUUCUUCCUGGAGAUUUCUGUUUUUUUUUUUUUUUUUAAUUAAAAUUUUUUUUUUACUGCCACUUGUAGUAGGAGACUAAGAGGCUGGAGGGAGAUGAGGUGGGAAGGAGCAGAGGUCCUGUGUCCUCUUGCCUUUAUCAGGCACCUGGCACUGCGUUGAGUGCUGGUGCUACAGUGAUGAACGAGCUGGACCUAGUCUGGGUGAGGGCUCAUGUCACGAAGGACCACCUAAGUCCUGGUAAGGAAUUUGGGUUUCCUUUCAAGGGCUCUGGGAAGACACUGUCCGGUCUAUGCAGGAUGCAGAGUGAAGUGAUAGAUGGACUUCACUUUGUGUGGAUUUCUAGUGGCUUUGGGUCAUAAAGGGUCAUCUCUUGAAGAGCUCAGGCCAAGGUUUUCCCGAGAAAUCUAAUUUUGUAGACCGCGUGAGCCCUGAUUCUCUGUUCAUGACAAAUUUAUUAACGUUUUACUGUAAGAAACACGACACAAUGUUACUUAGGAGUGAGGAUAGAAAGUUGAACUUCUUCUGACCCUUCAUAAAUGGAGUUUAAAAUCACUUUAAUCUCCAUGGAGUUUUUGGCUCAAAGCACAGGAUUUGUUUCCCGACAAAGAGUUUGGGGUAAACUAAUAAAGGCAAUGUCGUUGCCCUGCCAGGUGGACACACCAGAGAGCUUUCUGUGCUUAGCAGAAGAACAAGUCCCUACAUCCCAGGGAAGCUGCCUUUGCCACCACACUCAGAUGGAAAUUGGUGCCCUUUAAAUGAUAUUCAGAUAUGGCACAUCCUGCCUUACUCCACAGUCAUGCCUGCCUCGCCCAGUGAAGUCACUGAAGGAGAUGGUCCACAGUGGAGAGCGCAAGGGGAGGCAAGAGGAAGGCUUGUUGUCAUCGCUCUCCCGCCUCGGUGGUAUUCUAGGUGGGGCAGGUGGCCUAGGCUGGAGGCCAGGGGGCCAGUCUCCUUCCUCCAAGUGCAGCUAGUCACCCGGGUAGACAGGACACUGAAAGUGAGACUGAGGGUGGAGAGAUGGGGUGGGAGAGCAAGCUGGCUGAGCUGCUCUCACUCGUGGAACACUCUGGCUCAGUGUGAACCACCUCCGACAGCGUGAGGGAUGAGAGUGCCACACGCAUGUGCGUCACCUCUGUUCAGCUCGCUAACACUGCCAUUCUCUCUGUAAAAGAAACAUCUCAAAUUCACAGAAGUGUACAGACUCUAUGAACACCCGCGUACCCACCCUCCAACUUUAUUAACUUGGAUAUCUUGCCGUGUUCGUUUCAGGUUAUUUUUUUAAAUAAAUGAUGCAUUACAAAUGUGGGUGAACCCUUCUUGUGUGUCUUACCCCAACCCCCCAUGUAUGAUUUUGUACUUCUAAUAUAUAUGUAAGUAUCCAUAAACUGUAUUAUUUUGCAUGUCUAAAUAUUUUACUUUGAAGUUGGCAUGAUGUGUAUAGCCUCCCGUAGCUUACUUUUUUCACAGUUACGUUGAUAAAGGAAGCUCUUCUUUAUUCAUUUUAUCUGCUAUGUAAUAUUCCAUUGUAUGACUGUACCACACUUUAUGCAUUUUCCUGUUGAUGGUCGUUUUAGAUAGCGAAGUUUUGCUGCUAUUAAAGUGCUUUCACUAGUA